AUGGAAGCUAAUAAUGGCAUAUUAGUUCACAUGGAAACUGAUUCGGAAACAAAUCCUUCUGUAUCAAUUUUCUAUCCUCAAGUAAUUGGUGAGCUCACUCCCUUCCAAGGUCAACAAUUUGAAACAUUAGAAGAAGUGUAUGACUUUUACAAUCAGUAUGCAAGGGAAGCUGGGUUUAGUGUUCGAUCAUACUCUAGUAAGAAGAGUAAAGACGGAGAGGUCAUACGAAAAGAGUACGUUUGCAAUAAAGAGGGAAGUUGGUCAACUGAAACAAGUGGUGCUGUAAAAAGGCGUCGUGGAGUAGGCAGAGAGUCUUGUAAGGCACGGCUAAUAGUUGUUAAAUCAAAAUAUGGUGGAUACGUAGUCACCAUAUUUGAAGAGGCUCAUACUCAUCCAAUGACAACCCCGCGAAGACGCCACUUAUUAAAGUCCCAUCGUCGAAUUUCUGGUGUUGAUCAACUUGUAACACAACAACUAAUAUCCGUAAAUGUAUCCACACACCAACAAUAUGACAUUCUAGCAACGCAAGCAGGAGGCAUUGAAAAUGUUGGUUUUACUCAACAAGAUAUGUACAACUCCAACAGAGAUAGACGUAUGAAGAUCAAGGGUCAUGAUGGAGAAAUGUUGUUUGAUCAUUUCAUGAAUGAGCAAGAAAAAAAUCCAGGGUUCAUAUUCAAGGUUGAGACAAAUAUUGAACACAACAUUACUCGAUGUUUUUGGGCUGAUGCAAUCUCUAGGCAAUCGUACAAGUUUUAUGGUGAUGCGGUUAUCUUCGACACUACCUACAACACCAAUCGAUAUUGUAUGAUCUUUGCACCAAUUAUGGGAGUAAACAACCAUGGUCAGACAAUUAUUUUUUCUGGGGCAUUCUUAAGUGACGAGACUGCAGACUCCUUCAUUUGGUUGUUUAGAGAAUUUUUUAGGGCUAUGCCAGGUGAUGCUCCGAAAAUUAUUAUUACUGAUCAGGAUCCAGCAAUGACAAAAGCCAUUUCAGAAGCUCUUCCAAACACAUUUCACAGAACCACUAAUUACGUGCAAAAUGGCCAUGGCAUGCGGGUAACCACUUCGCAAAUGCAAUUACACUAUGUUUGGUAA